GCCGCCCCGCUCCCUCCCGGCGGACGCGGAGGGCGGGGCCGGGCCGGGCCGGGACGAGCCGAGCUGGGACCCAGCCGCGGGGCCACCAGCCAGGCCCCGGCCAUGAGCCGCACGGUGCUCCUGCUCCUGCUCCUGCUCCUGCUCUGCGGCCCUGCCGCCGGCCGCCCCCCGCCCGCUGCCACCCCCCGCCUCAAGCUGGCCUUCCCCGAGCUGCGGGCUCGCCACGGGCUGCGCCUCUUCGCACUGGAGCGCUCGUGCUGCUACGAGGCCCUGCUGCUGGACGAGGAGCGCGGCCGCCUCUUCGCCGGCGCCCAGAACCACCUCCUCUCCCUGGCCCUGGAUGACAUCAGCCAGCGGGACAGGAAGAUCUACUGGCCGGCACCGGUGGAGUGGAGGGAGGAGUGCAACUGGGCUGGCAAGGACAUCACUGCCGAGUGCAUGAACUUCGUGAAGAUCCUGCACCCCUACAACCGGACCCACCUGUACGCCUGCGGCACCGGAGCCUUCCACCCUGUCUGCGCCUUCGUGGAGGCUGGCCAGCACGCGGAGGAGCCCAUCUUCAAGCUGGACCCCCGGCGCACCGAGGACGGCAAGGGGAAGAGCCCCUAUGACCCCCGGCACGCAGCCGCCUCCGUCCUCGUGGCCUGGGCCGGCGUCCCUCCAUCCGCACUGAGCAGCAUGACUCCCGCUGGCUCAACGAGCCCAAGUUCGUGGCCGUUUUUUGGGUGCCGGAGGAGCGAGGACCCCGACGAUGACAAGAUCUACUUCUUCUUCCGUGAGACAGCGGUGGAGCGGCAGCAGGGGCUGGGCAAGACCAGCUUUGCCCGCAUCGGCCAGAUCUGCCGGAACGACGUGGGUGGGCAGCGCAGCCUGGUGAACAAGUGGACGACCUUCCUGAAGGCUCGGCUCGUCUGCGCUGUGCCGGGACCCGAUGGGGCGGACACCCACUUCGAUGAGCUCCGGGACGUCUUCCUGCUGCAGACAAGGGACAAGCGCAACCCCCUGGUCUACGCUGUCUUCUCCACCUCCAGCUCUGUUUUCCAGGGCUCGGGCGUCUGCGUCUACACCAUGGCCGACAUCCGCCGGGCUUUCCUGGGCCCCUUUGCACACAAGGAGGGUCCCAACUACCAGUGGGUGUCGUACCAGGGGCGCGUGCCGUACCCCCGCCCGGGCAUGUGCCCCAGCAAAACCUUCGGCACCUUCGGCUCCACCAAGGACUUCCCAGACGAGGUGAUCCAGUUUGCCCGGCACCACCCACUGAUGUACAACCCGGUGCUGCCCCACGGCCAGCGCCCCCUCUUCCUGCAAGCCCGCCGUGCCCUACACCUUCCCCGCAUCGCCGUAGACCGCGUCACAGCUGCUGAUGGCCACUACGAUGUCCUUUUCAUCGGCACAGACGUGGGCACGGUGCUGAAGGUGGUCUCGGUGCCCAAGGAGAGCUGGCACCGCAUGGAGCCGCUGCUGCUGGAGGAGCUGCAGGUCUUCCAGGAUGCCUCCCCCAUCACCAGCCUGCAGCUCUCCUCCAAGCGGCAACAGCUCUAUGCCGGCUCGGCCACGGCACUGGCCCAGCUGCCCCUGCACCGCUGCGGUGCCUACGGCAAAGCCUGUGCCGAAUGCUGCCUGGCCCGGGACCCGUACUGUGCCUGGGAUGGCACUGCCUGCACCCGCUAUGUGCCCAGCACCAAGAGGCGUUUCCGUCGGCAGGACGUCCGCAACGGUGACCCCAACGUGCUCUGCUCCGAAGACCCCCGGCGGGGCAGCGUGCCCCAGAAGCAGCUCUACGGGGUGGAGGGCAGCACGGCCUUCCUGGAGUGCGUCCCCAAAUCCCUGCAAGCCCGCGUCCUCUGGACGUACCAGCGCACCCCGGAUGACCCCCAGCGAGAGGUGCCGACGGACGAGCGGGUGGUGCGGACGGAGCGGGGCGUCCUGCUGCGCAGCGUGCAGCGCGCCGACGCCGGCCUCUACUUCUGCCACGCCACCGAGCACGGCUUCACCCAGCCCCUGCUGCGGCUCUCCCUGGAGGUGAUCGGGGCCCGGCAGGCAGCGGGCAAGGCGCCGGCCGGAGACCCCCAGCUCGCCGCCGGGCCCCCCGGCCGCAAGGUCUGGUACCGGGACUUCCUCCAGCUGGUGGAGCGCCCGCCGCUGGGGGCCGCGGACAGGGGCUGCCAGCGGCUCUGGAGCCGGGGCAGACCCCCGCCGCCCCCCCGCGCCCCCGCCGGAGCCCCCGGCCGCGGGCAGGGCGCGGAGCCCCGCAAAGCCCGCCGCCGGCGCACCCACGAGGGACCGCGGGCCGAGCGGGGCCCCCGCAGCGCGUCCCCCUGGUGACCGCGGGGCCGGCCCCGGGCGCCGGGCUCUGCCGAGGAGCGGGGCCGCGGGCAGGGGGGCUGCGGCUCCGGGGCCAGGAGGGCAGCCGGGCUGACCGCCCCCCCCCGGUGAGGGGCUGCCGGCCGCCCUUGCCGCCGGCUCCAGCGGCGGUGGGGGGACCCAGCCGGUUGCCGGCACCGCAGAGUCACCGACAUAUUUAUUAACGACUGUUACGGAUGAAUGUAAACCUGCCUCGGCGUACCGGGGCGGUGGGGGGGGGGGGGGGGGGGCGGCAGGGCCGGGCUGUGCCCCUCCCCGGGCAUGGCGCCGCGGGGGGGACGGGGCAGCAGGGACGCCGUCGUGUCCCGGGGGGCUGCGGGCGGGAGCGGGACCCUGGAGGGGCAGGACGGGCGCUGGCGGGACGCGGGGCCCCCGGCAGGAGGAG